AUGGGCUCCUUAUCAGGCUGGACAGAGAUUCCUGAUCUCACGCCUCUUGAGCGUAUCGGUCCGAAAGGCUAUCUUCGCUAUGUCUUCCCGUUCCAACUUCCUGAUGACUACGAUCUCGAGGAAGCAGCUUCGGUACUCCGCGCAGGAUACGAAGCCGCCCAGAGAAGAAUUGCGGUCCUCGAUUGCGAGGCUGUUCCAAACCCAGACGCCAAGCAAGCCGGUACUCUAAAGCUACAGAGGUUGCGCUCAGGCGAAGUAGAAGGCAUCGCCGUCAAGGACUUGAGAACACCAGGGGCCUUCCCGAUGACCUAUUCGGAGCUCAAGUCUAAAGCCUUCCCUGUGUCUGCUUUCGAUGCCAACACCAUCAUGCGCCGCUCCGUCUGGCCCUCUGCAGGGGAACGUCUUUCUGUCUCCCUUCCCCAAGCCAACUUCAUUCCAGGGGGCAUGAUUCUCUCCUGGUGUAUCUUCCAUAUGUUUGGCGAUGGUAACACCUUUCUCACCUGGACUAAAGUCUGGGCGGAGGAGUGUCGGCGUGCCCAAGGCCUCGACAUCACCGACCCCUUCAAGCUUGACGAGGCUCUGAUUAGAGACCGUCAACGGAUCAUGAAGCCCUCUGGAAAGAACAAGGGCAAUCUCGAGGACCACCCGGAAUAUACUAUACUCCCGUUUACACCCCAGGGCAUGCCACCUAACAUGCUCUCCGAAGCCCACCGGGGGCAGGUCUUUUACUUCUCCCCUGAGUCUCUGGCCAGACUCAAGGCUGAAGCAUCCCCUCAGAAUGCGACAGAGCCAGCAAACCAGAAAUGGAUCUCCACCAAUGAUGCUCUUUCUGCCCUUCUUUGGCGCACGGUCAUGGCUGUACAAUCUCCACUUGAGACUCUCGAAGGCGACCCUGUCUCCGUCUAUAACAUUGCCAUAGAUGGCCGCCCGCGCACCGAUCCACCGGUCCAUCCUCACACUAUGGGGUGCUUCCUGGGCUAUGUUGCGGCCUCCGCUCCGAUUCGGAAGAUGCUCGGCUCAGCAAGCCUUGCUGACCUGGCAAUAUUGGUCCGCCAAGCGCUACUUCGAGCAAGUAGCCAGUUCGUCGACGAUGUUGCGACGUUGAUCGACACCGUGGAAGAUGUCAACCGGGUCUUACCCACUGCUUUGCUCGAUGUUCCGGGUAAUAACUGUAUCCAGAGCUCUUGGGUCAAUUUCUCAUUGUACGAUGUUCAGUGGGGCCCAUCUCUUGGUAACAGCAUUCAAGCUGUUCGUUCUCCUCAUGUUGGAGUUAUCAACGGGUUGCAGGUUGUGCUGCCAAUCUUGCCGGAUGGUGGAAUGGAGAUUCUUGUUGGUGUUGAGGCCAACUGUUUGGAUAGGUUGAUGCAUGAACCUCUGUGGAUGAAGUUCGCUGAACCACGAUGA